AUGACGAUGUUUCAAUCACCGUUAUCAGAAACUCCAAAUGCGAGAGAUUAUAUCGAUAUUAUGGUCGAUAUAAGAAAUCUUGGAAUAUUUCAUGAUUUUGAAGAACAUACUCCAACAAUUGUCGUAUUCGGUGAUCAAUCAAGCGGUAAAAGUUCCGUUAUAACAAGAUUAACCGGUGGAUUACCAAUGCCAAGAGCAUCUACAAAAUGUACAACGACACCUUUCGAAAUUCGCAUGCUACAAACCGAGGAGCCAAUACGUAAAAUCACUUUACGUUACAUAGAAGAUAGAAAUCGUAAUGCGAUAAGACCAAGAGAAGUAGAGUUUGCCGAUAUAGCGAAAUUGAGUAACAAGGAAAUCGAGAAUAAAUUGCGUGAAGCUCAGCGUUAUGUUCAAAACCCAAGUAUUCGAGAUAUCAAAUCACGAUUGCCCGAACCAAGUAAUGAUGAGUUAGCUUUUACAAAAAAUGCCGUAUGUCUUACAAUUGGCGGACCCACACAACAGUAUAGUUUGUCUUUAGUUGAUUUACCUGGAAUCGUACGAAACAAUGAAGAAAACGAAAAUUUUUUAAUUAGCUUGGUUGAGGAAUAUAUUAGAAGAGAAUCGGCAAUUCUGGUUCCAAUAUUCGCUGCAACCUCAGAUAUCGCUACACAAUGCGCGUGGCGUCUAGCAUGCAAAGCAGAUCCGGAUGGUAUGCGUACUGUAGGUGCCUUGACAAAGAUUGAUCGAAUCAUCGAUUAUACAAAUGAUGAAGAAAAACAGUUGGAACUCGCUAAUCUGGUAAAAGGUAAAGGAGAGCAUCAAAUUGUAAAUGGUGUUUAUGUUAUCAGGAAUCGAUCUAGCGUAGAACCGGAAGGUUCGGAUGAUUCAUUGGAAAACGAAAUAAUUAAGGAACUUAAAAAACACAGAACUUGGAAAGAUGUACCAAUCAAUAGGUUUGGCUUACCAAAUUUGGUCAUGAAAUUAAGUGAAUUGCAAGGAGAGGCACAUAAACGGUCAUGGCCAUAUAUAAAUCCCCUUUUAGAAAAGAGUAGGAAUGAUUUUGAAGAAAGGUUAAUUAAACUUCCGAAUAAACCUGUUGGAAAUCCAACCAUACGUUUCUUGGAAUUAAUUGGAAAAUUUGACAAAAUGUUCACCAGUCACGCAAAUGCCGAGCAUGUAGAUCAUAAGUUAUAUCGUGGACAACAGUGGAACUUUGGACAAUUUGAUCAAGCAUUAUUAAACACCCGUCCAAUAUAUAAACUCACGUUUGACGAAGGGUUUGCGAAUUCCGAAAUCUUUGAUCCCAUAAAGCCUGGUUCAUUACAAUAUAAUGGGUGGACAGAUGAAUUAAAGAAAGAGCUUACUGAUGAGUGGAAAGCAUCCGAUUUUAACGAUCAUUCCAGAUAUGUGUGGACAAUAGAUCAGCUUUAUGAAGCUGUGCAAGAAAGUCAAGGAGGUUUAUUGGCCGGUUAUUUUCCAUAUAAAGCUGUGGUUUCCAUUGUUGGAAAACAUCAAGAGGAUUGGCUACCGAUCUCUACCAGAUUAUUGAAUAAAAAUCACGAUUAUGUUGCUAAUUUUACUGAUGAAUUAAUAGAACAAACUUUUAAAGAAUUUCCAAAUGUCAUUGGAGAAAUCAAGAAUGUUUUACGUGAAUUAUUAAGAAAGUGCAAGGAUGAAACAUUAAAACACCUUCAAGAUCUUGAAGAGAUGGAGCAUAUGUCAGCCAGUAGGGCUCUUUACGUAACUGAUGAAGCCAGCCUUCUGAAAAAACAAUCAAAGUAUUUUAUAAAGCUUCGAAUCUUGGCAGCUAGCUCAAGACAAGAGAAUCAACAUUUAAAGGAAGCUCUUGAUUUAGGGACUAAAUUAUUUGACAUGAUGUAUAAUGAGGAGGCUAAUGAUGACGAAUUUGAUCAAAUAAAAUCCAGAUUGAUCAAUCAUAUAGCGAUUCAUGGGGAAGUGAAUGUAACUUCUCAAAGAUUAAUUGAGGAAAUAAAAAGUCUUAGACUUGCAACAGAAACGCCAUCAACUGCUACUAUAUCUGCAAUGUUGACUAUAAAAAAUUCAUACUUGGAUAGAUUAAUUCGUAUAAUUCCCGAAUCUGAACAUUCAAGAAAUCACAGUAUACUAAGAAAUACCAUCAACGAACAUGCUUUCCUUGCUGCCACGGGAGCUUUAGCAUAUUGGAAAAUGUCCCAUUCAAAAUUUCGAGAGAUCGUACCGCGUAUAGUAGAAUAUUAUCUUGUGCAUCAAUUCGCUAUCCGUUUAGGAAUGCAUUUACGUACACAUUUCAGAUUAUUGGGGGCAGAACCGACAAAUCAAGCAGAUCCAGACGAAAAUAUAGACUUGGAUAGUUUAUUAGGUGAAGAUCCAUUGGUAGCUAGAAAUCGUGCCGAAUGGCAAAAGAAUGUUAAUGCUCUUAAUGGUAUUAUUGAACGAGUUCGAAAAGCUUCCGCAAGAAGAAGUAAUCCUGUGGUCACAGUUGAUGAAUUUGUUGUUGGAAUUGGAUUGGUAACGGCUUGUUAG